GCCUUCCAGCCCUCAGUAGCGGAUAAGCGCGGCGAGGGUGGGCGGACGCCUGGGUCCCGCUGCCACGCUGCAGAGGGGCCGCAGCAGAGGCGCAGAGCCCGGGGGCGGGGGGCCGCCGGGCGCGCCGAGAUGUGGAAUCCCCUGCACGAAGCCGACUCGACCUUUGUCGCUUGGCGCCGCCCGCGCUGGCUGUGCGUUGGGGCGCUGGUGCUGGCCGCCGGCCUCCUGAUCGUCGGCUUCUUCUUCGGUCGGUUUAUAAGAUCCUCUAAUGAACCUACUAAUAUUGUCCCACAGCAUAAUGUGAAGAAGGCAUUUUUGGAUGAAUUGAAAGCUGAGAACAUCAAGAGGUUCUUAUAUAAUUUUACACGGCUGCCACAUUUAGCAGGAACAGAACAAAACUUUCAGCUUGCAAAGCAAAUUCAAUCCCAGUGGAAAGAAUUUGGCCUGGAUUCUGUUGAGUUGGCCCAUUAUGAUGUCCUGUUGUCCUAUCCAAAUAAGACUCAUCCCAACUACAUCUCAAUAAUUGAUGAAGACGGAAAUGAGAUUUUCAACUCGUCAUUGUUUGAACCACUUCCUCCAGGAUAUGAAAAUGUUUCAGAUGUUGUGCCACCAUUUAAUGCCUUCUCUCCCCAGGGGAUGCCCGAGGGUGAUCUCGUGUAUGUUAACUAUGCACAGACUGAAGACUUCUUUAAACUAGAGAGGGACCUGAAAAUCAAUUGCUCUGGGAAGAUUGUGAUUGCCAGAUAUGGGAAAAUUUUCAGAGGAAAUAAGGUUAAAAAUGCCCAGCUGGCAGGGGCCAAAGGAGUCAUUCUGUAUUCAGAUCCUGCUGAUUACUUUGCUCCUGGGGUGAAGUCCUAUCCAGAUGGUUGGAAUCUGCCUGGACGUGGUGUCCAGCGUGGAAAUAUCUUAAAUCUUAAUGGUGCAGGGGACCCUCUCACACCUGGUUACCCAGCAAAUGAAUACGCUUAUAGACGUGAAAUCACAGAGGCUGUUGGUCUUCCGAGCAUUCCUGUCCAUCCAGUUGGGUACGAUGAUGCACAGAAGCUCCUGGAGAAAAUGGGUGGGGCCCCGCCUCCAGAUAGCAGCUGGAAAGGAAGUCUCCAAGUGCCCUACAAUGUUGGACCUGGCUUUCUUGGAAACUUUUCUACACAAAAAGUCAAGAUGCACAUCCUUUCUAACAACAAAGUGACGAGAAUAUACAAUGUGAUUGGGACUCUCAGAGGAGCUGUAGAACCAGACAGAUAUGUCAUUCUUGGAGGUCACCGUGACUCAUGGGUAUUUGGUGGCAUUGACCCUCAGAGCGGAGCAGCUGUUGUUCAUGAAAUUGUGAGGAGUUUUGGAACACUGAAGAAAGAAGGAUGGAGACCUAGAAGAACAAUUUUGUUUGCAAGCUGGGAUGCAGAAGAAUUUGGUCUUCUUGGUUCUACUGAGUGGGCAGAGGAGAAUUCCAGACUCCUUCAGGAACGUGCUGUGGCCUAUGUUAAUGCUGAUUCUUCCAUAGAAGGGAACUAUACUCUGAGAGUCGACUGUACCCCACUGAUGUACAGCUUGGUAUACAACCUAACAAAGGAGCUCCAAAGCCCUGAUGAAGGCUUUGAAGGCAGAUCUCUUUAUGAGAGCUGGAAUGGAAAAAGUCCUUCACCGGAGUUCAGUGGCAUGCCAAGGAUUAGCAAACUGGGAUCUGGUAAUGACUUUGAGGUGUUCUUCCAAAGACUUGGAAUUGCUUCAGGCAGAGCACGGUACACUAAAAACUGGGCAACAAGCAAAUUCAGGAGCUAUCCAUUGUAUCACAGUGUCUACGAAACAUAUGAAUUGGUGGAAAAAUUUUAUGAUCCAACUUUUAAGUACCACCUCGCUGUGGCACAGGUUCGAGGAGGGAUGGUAUUUGAACUAGCCAAUUCCAUAGUGCUCCCAUUUGACUGUCGAGAUUAUGCUAUUGUUUUGAGAACGUAUGCUGACAAAAUCUACAAUAUUUCAAUGAACCAUCCACAAGAAAUGAAAACAUACAGUGUGUCAUUUGAUGCACUUUUCUCUGCUGUGAAGAACUUUACAGAAGUUGCUUCUAAGUUCAAUGAGAGACUUCAAGACUUGGACAAAAACAACCCAAUAUUAUUGAGAAUUAUGAAUGAUCAACUGAUGUUUUUGGAACGAGCAUUUAUUGAUCCUUUAGGAUUACCAGACAGGCCUUUCUAUAGGCACGUCAUCUAUGCUCCCAGCAGCCACAACAAGUAUGCAGGGGAGUCAUUCCCAGGAAUUUAUGAUGCUCUGUUUGAUAUUGAAAACAGAGUGGAUCCGUCCAAGGCCUGGGGAGAGGUGAAGAGGCAGAUCUCCAUCGCAGCCUUUACAGUGCAGGCUGCAGCCGGGACUCUGAGGGAAGUGGCCUGAGGUGGUUCUUCAGAGAACCUAUACUGACUAGGUAUGGUCUGUCACUCAGAAAGAAUCAUAAAAGUCAUAUUCUAAAAAAUAAACUUAAAAAAUAAAGUUAACACACACACACACACACACACUAGCAUUCUUCUCCCUAUGAAUCAAAAAAGAAAGAUGGACAAUUUUUAUUCUAUAAUUAUAGAAGGAUAUUCUGAAUUUGAACUAAGAGUUAAAAUUAAGGCAAACACCUACUGUAUUAAAACUCUUAUGUGGCAGUAGAGGGAAUCGAGGCUAAUUCUGCACUGGCAUUGGCCCUAUUGGUCACCCAGGGCUGAGAGAUCACUAUCUUAACCAACUAGUUGAGCUACACUAGUCUAAUCACACUGCUGGUAAACAUAGUCACUCUGUGCUGUAAAGGAUAAUUACUUUUCUUAAAAUAUCAAAUAUCUUAUUUCUAUCAAAGGAUAUAUGUAAUGUAUGUACAGUGAAAAAUAAUAAAGAAAUGAAGAUUUGUUGAACUGCCUCCCACAAAUAACCAAAUUAAGGAAAGGAAUGUUACCCAUAUCUCUGAAUGUCCCAUCUACCACUGACGAGUGUGCCUUCCUCUUCUGCCAGAGAUACUCACUUUCUUGAAUCUUACGUGAAUCUUUUCUGUUAUUUAUCAUUAUUCCACACAUGGCUAUAUUCUUUAUGUGUUUGGGGGUUUGUUUGGUUUUUAAACUGUAAAUAAAAUCACACUGUGUAUCUA